GUAAUAAUUGAACUGGCCAAAAAUUAAUUUCAAUUAUCAAAAAACUGUCCCUUCCUUUUCAUUCUCUUUACCUUCUAUCCAUCUCCCACUCACACUCCCUCUCCUUCUUUCUACAUCAACAAACAACUGCACAGCUCCAGUUUACCAGAGAUUUUGCCAACCAACUGGCUAUAUGUAUAUGUUGGAGUAAUUAUGCAUUUUAAUCUCACUUUCAGAAGAUCCUGUCGACAUAACAUAAUACUCAAUAACGAAUAAGAAGAUGAUUAUAACAAAAGUUGUCGAGUAUGAAGCAAUUGCAAAGGAAAAGUUGCCAAAGAUGAUUUAUGACCACUAUGCAUCAGGGGCAGAGGAUGAGUGGACAUUGAAAGAAAACCGAAAUGCAUUCUCAAGGAUUCUAUUCAGGCCACGUAUUCUUGUGGAUGUAAGCAAGAUAGACUUGACAACAACAGUAUUAGGCUUCAAAAUAUCAAUGCCGAUUAUGAUUGCUCCUACGUCCGUGCAAAAGAUGGCUCACCCUGAAGGAGAGUGCGCUACUGCUAGAGCGGCAUCAGCAGCCGGCACCAUCAUGACACUGGCCACAGAGGCUUCUUCUAGUGUUGAGGAUGUUGCUUCAACAGGACCUGGCAUUCGUUUCCUCCAACUCUAUGUGUUUAAGGAUAGAAAUCUAGUUACUCAACUAGUGAGAAGAGCAGAAAAUGCUGGUUUCAAGGCAAUUGUCCUUACUGCAGACACUCCGGUGUGUGGUCACAGGGAGGCUAACAUAAAAAACAGAUUUACAUUUCCAUCAUAUGUGAAAUUUAAGAAUCAUCAAGACAUGGAUCUUGAAAAGACUAAAGACUCUAAUCCCGUCUCCAUUGUUAGUGAUCUAUAUGACCAAUCACUCAGCUGGAAGGAUGUAAAAUGGCUUCAAACAAUAACCUCGUUGCCAAUCAUAAUAAAGGGUGUACUUACUGCCCAAGAUACUAGGUUAGCUAUACAAGCAGGAGCGUCUGGAAUCGUUGUUUCCAAUCACGGUGCUCGCCAACUUGACUAUGUCCCUGCAACUAUUAUGGCUUUGGAAGAGGUUGUGAAAGCUGCAGAAGAAAGAGUUCCUGUUUUUAUGGAUGGCGGAAUCCGUCGAGGGACAGAUGUUUUUAAAGCACUGGCUCUUGGAGCAACUGGCGUGUUUAUCGGAAGACCUGUGGUGUUCUCAUUGGUAGCUGAUGGUGAGGCUGGUGUAAGGAAAGUACUUGAGAUGCUUCAUGAUGAGCUUGAAAUAACCAUGGCACUUUGUGGCUGCCCUUCACUUAAGGACAUAACUCGUGACCAUGUUGUUAUGGAGUUCGACCGCCCAAGAAUUGCUCCUAGGUUAUGAGAUCAUACUCUAUAGUGUUGGAGUAAUCAAUCAUUAAUAAACAAUUAGUAGAAGAUUUUA